AUGAUCACCGCAUGUAAAAUAUUAAGACAAUCAUCUUCAUUAAAAAAUAUUAGAUUAUCUUCUAAUUUUAAUUAUAAAGAUGCAUUUAAUCUUGAUGGACAGUUAACUGAGGAAGAGUUAGCAUUAAAAGAACAGGUACAUGCUUAUUGUCAAGAAAAACUUUUACCACGGGUUACUAAAGCUUAUAGAGAAGAAAAAUUUGAUUCAACAUUAAUACCUGAAAUGGGAAGUAUGGGAUUGUUAGGAUCACCAUAUGAAGGAUAUGGUUGUGCUGGAGUUUCUAAUGUUGGAUAUGGAUUGAUUGCUCGUGAAGUUGAAAGAGUUGACUCUGGAUUUAGAUCAACAAUGUCUGUCCAGACAAGUUUAGUCAUUGGACCAAUAUAUAAUUAUGGUUCUAAAGAACAAAAAGAAAAAUAUAUUCCACCAUUGGCUUCUGGAGAAAAAGUUGGAUGUUUUGGGUUAACUGAACCAAAUCAUGGUUCAAAUCCUGCUGGUAUGGAAACUAAAGCAAUUUGGGAUGAAAAAAAUAAAGUUUAUAGAUUAUUAGGUACCAAGACAUGGAUUUCAAACUCACCAGUAUCUGAUAUAAUGAUUGUUUGGGCCCGAUCUGACAGACACAAUAAUGCCAUAAAAGGUUUUAUUCUUGAAAAAGGAAUGGAAGGUUUAACUACACCUAAAAUUGAAGGAAAAUUAUCUCUUCGUGCUAGUAUUACAGGACAAAUUGCUAUGGAUAAUGUUCCAGUUCCAGAGGAUAAUCUUCUCCCUAAUGCUCAAGGAAUAUCUGGACCAUUUGGUUGUCUUAACAAUGCACGACUUGGAAUAUCAUGGGGUGCAUUGGGGGCAGCUGAAAAUUGUUUUCACAUUGCAAGAGAUUAUGCAUUAGAAAGAAAACAAUUUGGAAGACCAUUAGCAAAUACACAACUUAUUCAAUUGAAAUUUGCUAAUAUGAUAACAGAAAUAACACUUGGACUUCAAGGAUGUUUAAGAGUAACAAGAUUAAAAGAUGAGGGAAAAGUUUUACCAGAGCAAAUAUCAAUGAUGAAAAGAAAUUCAUGUGGAAAAGCACUUGAGAUAGCUAGAAUGUCCCGAGACAUACUUGGUGCUAAUGGUAUCGUUGAUGAAUAUCAUAUAAUGAGACAUCUUGUAAAUUUAGAAACAGUAAAUACUUAUGAAGGAACACACGAUAUCCAUGCUUUAAUUCUAGGGCGUGCUAUUACCGGUCUUCAAGCUUUUCAAUAA